CCUCCUCACACGACCACGCACCCGCACCCUCACGCCCCGUCUCGACGUCCGUCCAGUCACGCCUCGCACGCCCGCUGCUGCUCCAGCUCGCGUGACCGCUCCUCGUCGCCGCCGCGCACGUGCCGCCACGCGCGAGCCCCUCGCAGUCUCGUCCUGCCGCCGCCGCGCACGCCCCCACGCUUACGCAUCCGCCGGCUGAUCGCGCCUCGCCGCUGCCGUCCCACCUCGACCCUCUCGGCCGCUCACUAGUGCAGCGAGACUCCGUCUGCCACCCGCCGCCCUCCCGCCCACACCGCUCCUCGCGCCCGCCAUGUCGGGCAUUGUCGGCGCGCCCGGCGAGAAGCGCCACCGCCUCGAGAAUGCGCUGGGCCAGAUCCAGAACAAGGCGCCGCCGCCGGAGAUCGACUUUACGCUGCACGUCACCGACGACGGCACGCACGUGUCGACGACGGAGCGCGUCGUCAAGGACGUGCAGGCGCCGGCGUUCCUCAAGCCCACCGACGCGCAGUUCUACAGCGCCCAGGACCCCAGCAAGCCCGACAUUGCCUUCCUCAAGAACCACUUCUACCGCGAGGGCCGCCUCACCGACGACCAGGCGCUCUUCAUCAUCCGCCGCGCCACUGAGAUCCUGCGCCAGGAGCCCAACCUGCUCGAGGUCGAUGCGCCCAUCACUGUGUGCGGCGACAUCCACGGGCAAUAUUUCGACCUGAUGAAGCUGUUUGAGGUGGGCGGCAACCCGGCGGACACGCGGUACCUCUUCCUGGGCGACUACGUCGACCGCGGAUACUUCUCCAUCGAGUGCGUGCUGUAUCUGUGGGCGCUGAAGAUCUGGUACCCGGACACGCUCUUCCUGCUGCGCGGCAACCACGAGUGCCGCCACUUGACAGACUACUUCACGUUCAAGCUCGAGUGCAAGCACAAGUACUCGGAGCAGAUCUACGACGAGUGCAUGGAGAGCUUCUGCACGCUGCCGCUGGGUGCCGUGAUGAACAAGCAGUUCCUCUGCAUCCACGGCGGCCUCUCGCCCGAGCUGCAGACGCUGGACGACCUGCGGAACAUCAACCGCUUCCGGGAACCGCCGACGCACGGCCUCAUGUGUGAUUUGCUGUGGGCAGACCCGCUCGAGGACUUCGGCACGGAGAAGACCAACGAGAGCUUCAUCCACAACCACGUGCGCGGCUGCUCGUACUUCUUCACAUACCAAGCAGCGUGCCAGUUCCUCGAGCGCAACAACCUGCUCUCGAUCAUCCGCGCACACGAGGCGCAGGAUGCGGGCUACCGCAUGUACCGCAAGACAAAGACGACGGGCUUCCCGUCGGUCAUGACGAUCUUCAGUGCGCCGAACUACCUGGACGUGUACAACAACAAGGCGGCGGUGCUCAAGUACGAGAACAACGUGAUGAACAUCCGGCAGUUCAACUGCACGCCGCACCCGUACUGGCUGCCCAACUUCAUGGACGUCUUCACCUGGUCGCUGCCCUUCGUCGGCGAGAAGAUCACCGACAUGCUCAUUGCGAUCCUCAACAUCUGCAGCAAGGAGGAGCUGGAGGAGGAAGAGGAGGAGGAGGAGAUCCAGGAGCCCGAGGCCGGCGAGCACUCGAUGGAGGGCGACGAGGGCGACGAGGACGGCGCCGAGCGGCGGGUCGUCAUCAAGAACAAGAUCCUCGCUGUUGGGCGCAUGUCGCGCGUCUUUGCUCUGCUCCGUGAGGAGGCCGAGCGUGUCUCUGAGCUCAAGGGCGCGUCGACGUCGGGCAAGCUGCCGUACGGCGUGCUGGCGUCGGGCAGCGAGGGCAUCAAGGAGUCGAUUGCCUCGUUCGACGACGCGCGCGGCGCAGACAUUGAGAACGAGCGCCUGCCGCCGGACCUCAUUGACGCCGAUGAGUUCGACCCGGCCUCGCCGGCCGACGGCCGCAUCUCGUCGCCCGUGGUGGGCAGUGACGACCUAACGGGCAGCCCCUCGGUGCCGUCGUCGCCCGGCGGCAUGCCGAGCAGCCCGAGCAUGAGCAGCGGCCACCGCCGCGGCCACAGCCGCACCAGCAGCCUGGGCACGACGGCGACGAGCAGCCCCAGCAACAGACGACGAAGCCUCGAGAGCACGGUCAACAUGAUCAAGGAGGCGCUGAGCGGCGAGGAGGGCGCAGACGAGGCUCAGAUCCAGCGGCUGGCCAACGACAUCAGCUCGCCGACGUCGCCCAAGGCGCGCCGCUCAGUCGAGAACGCCUACACGCAGUAGCUGCCUGCCGUCGCCGGGCACCAGCAUGGCGGCUUUGCCUAGGCCCGCCUGUCGGGCGCACCUGUUGCCGGGAUACCUCCCCUGACUCUUCUCCGCUACAUCCAACCUGACCCCGCAUCUCUCUCUCACCCCACAUCAACCCAUGACCCGGGGCCGUGUGCCCAACCCUGCGCUCGCUCUCUAUUCUCUUUCUCGCGCUCUCCCUCUCUUUCUCCUGUAUCCAAACGACAACACACCUCUCCCAUUCCCCCUCGGCACUGUGGUCCCCUCCUCACCCCUCUGCGGCGACGAAAUGCAUGGGCGCGCCGUUCCCGACGCGGACUAACUGAGACACAC